UUCCCUCCAAGUAUCUGAUUAGAAAUAUGGCUAUACUUAAUACAACCCAAAGAGAAACAUUGACCGCUAUUGUGGAUACAUUUGUUGCGCCGCUUAACCAACAAGAAGAAGAAGCACUUAUUCAUAACACACUAAAUACCCCCAACAAUUGUUUUAGCGAAAGCCAAAUAUCUGAUUUUUCCAGGCUCUCGGGCUCUAAAGUUAACGCCCUGGACCGAAUUGAACAAAAGUUGUCGAUCACAUUGAGCCCUAAGCAAAUUAAUGAUUUCACUAUGGUCCUUAACCUACUAUCUUAUCGUCCUUCCUCUGUAUUAUUUACAGGGUAUUGGACAUUGUUCAAGGAUUUGGACCGUUCUUGUCGUGAGCAAGUGCUUCUAGGUUGGAAAAAAUCGUCUUAUGCGAUUUUUAGACAGCUUUAUAAUACAUUUAUGGGCAUUGGUAUAAUUGAAUCAUACAAUGCUAUGGAGACACCUCUUUACGAGAGCAUAAAGUAUGCUGGUAUACAAGGAGGGCACUCAUAUUUCCAGCAUCAGCCCGAUUAUGCAAAAGUAUAUCAUGAGAGACUCCACAUGUUGACGACAGAAGAGGCUAAAAGCUAUAAACGGUUUGAUGCCAUUGUCAUUGGGAGUGGAGCUGGUGGUGGUGUAACAGCAUGCGAGCUUUCUAAAGCAGGACUUUCUGUCUUGGUCAUUGAAAAGGGGAGAUAUUUUCAUCAGGAUGAUAUGGAGGUAGAUAAUGAUCAGUUUGCGCUUUCCAAUAUGUUUGAUAAUGGUGGCAUUGUUCCUAAUGCCAAGGGUACUGUAAAUCUUAUCUCGGCCUCCACUUUUGGCGGAGGAACUACAAUUAAUUAUUCAGCUUCGAUUGGGCCUCAGCAAUUUGUCAAGGAGCAAUGGGAAAAAAAAGGGUUGCCUUACUUUGUAUCACAACAGUUUGAGAAUGAUAUUCAAAGUGUCCUCGACCGCAUUGGAGCAAGUACUCAGAAUAUUGUUCAUAGCGGUCCGAACCUAAAACUCAUCGAAGGCUGCCACAAUCUUGGGUAUGAUAUUACGCUAAUGGCUCAAAAUACGUCUGGCCGACCUCAUCAUUGCGGUAAAUGUUACACGGGAUGUUCAUCCGGCGUCAAAAACAGCACGACCAACACCUACUUGAAGGAUGCUGCCGCUUACGGUGCUAAAUUUUUAGAUGCUACGCAAGUCAUGCAUAUCGUUACCAAGAGUGGUAAAGUGAAGGGUGUUUCUUGUAGGAUUCAUGGCGAGAAGAAAAAUUUUGUAUUUUAUGCAAAUACGGUUGUUGUAGCAGGUGGUGCACUUCAUACGCCCGGACUUUUAAAAAACAGCGGAUUGACCAAUGCACAUAUUGGUAAAGAUCUUCGUUUACACUUGUCAGCAUUGACGGUGGCAAUUUAUGACGAUGUGGUAAAUCCUUCCGAAGGCUCGCUGUUGACGACUGUUAGCAAUCAAUUUGAUAAUUUUGAUGGGUCGACAUAUGGGUUUAAGAUUGAGUGCUUUACAAACGGUGUCGGUAUUUUUUCUGGCAUGUUACCGUGGUCGGGUGCAGCAGCGCACAAACAACGCGUAUUACGACAUCGUAAUGCAGUAAUUACGUUUGCAAUGGCACGAGAUAUGGACUCACAAUGUAGCGUAAAAUACGAUGCUUACAACAAAGUUGAUAUUGAUUUUAAUAUAUCAAAACAUGACGGGGAUACAUUGACGGAAGGAAUUGUCCAGAUGGCAAAAAUUCAUGUGGCAGCGGGUGCGCGAGAAAUUCAUGUUACGCAGUCAGUUAUAGAUGCGUUUGUGUUUGAAAGCGAUGAAGAGUCGCGCGUGGAUAAUCCAAGAUUCUUGGACUGGAUUCAGAGUGUGUAUCGACUUGGACCACCUGUACCAUCCUCAGGUCAUCAGAUGGCGUCGUGUCGCAUGGGAGUUUCUCCAUUGACAUCAGCAACUAAGCCAACUGGUGAAACGUGGGAUAUUUCUAACCUUUACGUUUCUGACUCUUCUUUAUUCCCUACUGCUUUAGGUGUAAACCCUAUGGUAACCAUCCAAGCUAUUGCUUUGCAUGUUUCCAGACAUAUUAUUGAUCAACAACGGGUGGAAGCAAAGUUGUAAAUAUAUGCUGUGUGACGCAACUUUUUUUUUUUUAAAAAAAAA